UCGCAUCGACAGUACCACGAGCCCUGCCCUCACUGCAAGUACCGCUGGAGCUUCAAGAACGAUGAUUUGUGCCACCAGUGCGCUGGGCCGUUGGUGGCCAAACCAGCAGCGGAUCGCAGCCCACGAGGCCAGUGUGCUCCCAGCCCUCCAGCUAUCCUGCAGCCGCCGUUUCGCGACGCUGGCGCCGACUCCCCGUUCAAUCCCACGCCAGCGGAGGCUGCGUACAUCAGCAAAGGUCGCGGCAAAGCGAACGCCGCCGAGGCUUCCAAGCGCCCAUGGGUCGACCGCAAUGGCUGGCACCCCCGCGGUGGCAGCUCUCCAACGCCGCCCACCAAGGCCACCCAUGAGCCCGCGGACGCGCCGGCGGCGCUCCUGGGGAAGCUAGAGGCGCCCCUGUCCGAGGGCCUCGCCGUCGUCGACGGCCGCGCGUUCUGCGCGGAGGGCCUGGAGUUCGGCCCCGCCGGCCUGCGGGAGCGGGGGCGGGCCAGGUCCAGCCUCGCCGCGGGCGUCAGGGCGGGAGUGGCCGAGGAAGCCAAGGGCGUCUUUCUGCGCGCGCAGGCCGAUCGCAGGCGCGGCGCUAGCAAUGGGGGCGUUGGCGACGCUGCCGUCGAUGCUGCCGCCAUGCCUGGCGGCGGAUCCACGCCUGGAGUGAGCGGCGCCGGCGCAGGCUGCGAGGGUGGAGGCGCUGCCUCAUCUGCUCAGGCUGCGGCCCCGCCGACGGAGAGACCCGGCGACCUCCGCGCCGGGGCCGGGCAGAAGGCCCAGGGCGCGGCCAAAGCUGUCUAG